AUGCCAGCUCAAGAGGAUUUUUCAGUGGAACAAUUUAUGGACAAAUAUGAGGAACAUGUUGAGUACAAUGUUGGUGAGACUUGCUGCUACUCAUUGAGCUUCGAAGAGCUGAAAGAUCUCACGGGCGAAAAGUUCGAAUUCGAUAACAACAAGAGACUUACUUACGGGUCCAUUCGGGGGUCCCCGCAACUACGUUCGUUGAUUGCGGAAAUACAUUCCAAUGAGCGCGUACAACUCACCCAGGACAACGUCUUGAUCACCAAUGGAGCUAUUGGAGCUAACUUUCUGGUUCAUUACGCUGUGGCAGGGCCCGGAGACCAUGUUAUUUGUGUUGCUCCCACGUAUCAGCAGUUAAGCAGUGUUCCGAAGAUGUUCGGCGCUGAGGUUGAUCUGUUACGGUUGAAAGCCAAAGAUGGUUUUCUCCCGAACUUGGGCGAACUCAAAAACAUGGUCAAAUCCAACACCAAACUUAUAGUAAUUAACAACCCUAACAACCCACUGGGCAGCGUCAUUCCAAUGGAGCUGUUGCAGCAAAUCGCUGCGUUUGCUGAGGAGAAUGGAAUUCGAGUUCUCAGCGAUGAGGUUUAUAGCCCCCUGUUCCAUUCUUGCGAGCAGCCCAAAUCUAUGUGUCAAAUAAGUGCAUCGGGUGUCACAACGGGGUCCAUGUCCAAGGCGUAUUCAGCAGCCGGUGUCAGGCUUGGAUGGAUAGUAUCUCAAGAUUUGAGGUUUCUGGAAACCGCAGCCUCCAGAAGAGACUACAAUACGAUAUCAGUAUCCAUGAUAGAUGACGCAGUUGCUUGCUACAUUUUGAAAAACCGCAAAGCUGUGCUUGAUCGCAACUUGGCCCUGUGCACAGAGAACUUGGGGAUCUUAUCGGAUUUUAUCAAAAACUCAGAAGGGAGGUUUUCUUUCGUUCAUGAGCCGCAGGGCGGCUCAGUUUGUUUGUUGCAGGUCAAUGGUGUGAAGGACACCGAAAGGUUUACGGGGGUACUUGCCACGCAGUAUAAAGUUUUGUGUGCACCUGGCGAGUGUUUUGAUGUGCCUGGCACCAUUCGGAUUGGGUAUGGUAAUUCCAAACCGGAGCUGGUCAAGGCGCUGGAGCUUCUCACCAAAGCGUAUGAUGAGUUUCUUAAGUAA